GCCUUGACUCUCGACUGUCAUCUCAAUCUCGAGCUAGUAAUCGCAGUACUGCUAGGGUUUUUUUUGUUGCUCGGAACCAAGAACCCCGACGAACGCGGAUGGGGAAGGACGGGAAGGCGAAGGAUGCCAAGGGCAAGGGCAAGCAGGCGGCCAGCUCCUCCGACGACGCCGGAGGCGGCAAGGGAGGCAAGGGCAAGGGGAAGGGCGGCAAGGGAGGCGACGACCUCGGCACCUGCACCUACGUCAAAGCUAGGCACGUCCUGUGCGAGAAGCAGGGGAAGAUCAAUGAGGCGUACAAGAAGCUGCAGGAAGGCUGGUUGGACAACGGGGAUAAGGUCCCUCCUGCUGAGUUCGCCAAGGUAGCUUCAGAAUUCUCUGAGUGCCCAUCAGGAAAGAAAGGUGGAGAUCUUGGAUGGUUCCCACGUGGCAAAAUGGCCGGUCCUUUCCAGGAAGUUGCAUUUAACACACCUGUGGGAGCUACUAGUGCGCCAUUUAAGUCUACGCACGGGUACCACUUCAUCCUGUGCGAAGGGAGGAAGAACUGAUCGGAAAGUAUGCUUCAGGUUCUGGAUGCAAGCACCUCAGGGUAAUAUGGGAUGCAAAGGCCCCCAUGUCUUCUCUGUUGACUCAAUAAGCGCGUCUGAACAUGUGUAUUCUAGCUAGUUAAGAAUUGCCCAAACAAUGUGCUUGCUGUUGUAACCUCUGAGGUUGUGAUUCCCGUUAUAUCAUAUUUGUGUGGAAUAUGCUGAGAUUU